GUCUGCCCUCCCUCCCUCCUAUCCGCCCGCCCGCCCGCCGCCUCCGGGGAGCCCUCGCCGCUCCUCAGCGCCCCAAGUUUCCCGCCUCCUCCAGAAAUAAUGUGGAUAUCUGGAACCCAUGUCGAACGCGUAUGAAGAGAGGGUCACGAUGAUCGCCGCGGGGGACUGGCAGGAGUUCGUUCCUUUCGGGCGGGAGCGCUGCAGACACCACCCGAACGCGCUGAACCUUCAGCUCCGGCAGCUGCAGCCCGCGUCGGAGCUGUGGUCCUCGGACGGGGCCGCCGGCCUGGUGGGGUCCCUCCAGGAGGUCACCAUCCACGACAAACGCAAGGAGAGCUGGCACUUACGCAGAGGGGUGAGCGAGGCCGGAGAAGAAGUGGAAUACGACGAAGAGCUGUACGUGGCCGGUAACGUGGUCAUCUGGAGCAAAGGGAGCAAGAGCCAGGCUUCCGCCGUCUACAAGGCCUUUACGGUGGACAGCCCCGUGCUCCAGGCAUUAUGGUGUGACUUUAUUAUCUCUCAGGAUAAAUCCGAAGACGCCAACAGUAAUGAUGAAGUAGAAAAAUGUAUAUGCAUACUACAAAGCUCAUGCAUAAACGUCCAUAGCAUCGAGGGAAAGGAUUAUAUUGCCUCCUUACCUUUUCAGGUUGCAAAUGUUUGGCCCACCAAGUAUGGUUUGUUGUUUGAACGGACCAGUUGUGCGCAUGAAGUUCCUGCCAGUCCUAGUCCUCCCAGAGAACCAUUACCCACCAUGUUCAGCAUGCUGCAUCCCCUGGAUGAAAUCACUCCUCUUGUUUGUAAAUCUGGAGGUCUGUUCGGCACGUCUCGGGUCCAGUACGUGGCGGACAGCUCCAUGAGAAUCGUUUUCCUCAACGCGGACCCCUCCAUCGUCAUGACCUACGACGCCGUCCAGGGCUCGCAUUCCAUCUGGGCUCUGCGUAGAGUCAAACCAGAGGAGCAGAACGCGGUUCUGAAAUUCUCCGAGCCGGGGGUAACCCCGCAGCAGCUGGCCACCAACAGCUCCCUGACGGCGCACCUGAGAAGCCUCUCCAAAGGAGACUCCCCCGCCGCCUCCCCUUUCCAGAAUUACUCCUCCAUCCACAGCCAGAGUCGCUCCACGGCGUCACCCAACUUGUACUCUCGCUCGCCGUCUAUCUCCAACAUGGCGGCCCUCAGCCGCUCCUACUCUCCCGCCUUCGGGGUGCACUCCUUCUCAGGGCCGCAGAGAUCCAACUUCGCGAGCCACACCCAGUCCCCGAAGAGGCAGAGCGUCUCCCACUCCCCAACCAGUAAUCCCGCCGACUCCUUCCUUGCCCCGGAAACGGAGCCCAUCAUCCCAGAACUCUGCAUCGAUCACCUCUGGACCGAAGCGCUCGCCAGCACGAGGGAGAAGAAUUCUCAGGCCUCCAAAGUAUUCAUCACGUCUGACCUGUGUGGACAAAGGUUCCUGUGCUUUCUAGUGGAGUCGCAGCUCCAACUUCGCUGUGUGAAGUUUCAGGAGAGCAAUGACAAGACCCAGCUCAUCUUUGGUUCCGUCGCCAGCAUUCCCGCGAAAGACGCGGCCGCCGUGGAGAGCAUUGACACCAUGUUGGUGCUGGAAGGCCACGGAGUCUUGGUCUUGUACACCGGAGUCGUUCGGGUAGGGAAGGUUUUCAUCCCCGGCCUGCUGGCUCCAUCCCUGACCCUGUCGAGCACCAUGCCACGGCCCAGCACGCCACUGGACACCAUCAGCACGCCGAAGCCUCUCAGUCAACCCCUGGGCUCCUUGGAAGAGGUAGUGCUGUUGUCUCCAGUUCCCGAGGUGAGGGAUACCUCCAAACUUCACGAUUCUUCCUAUAUCGACGACUGUACUUUCCAACAGCUUGGAACGUACAUUCACUCAGUCAGAGACUCUGUCCACAAUAGGGUGACUCUAGAACUCAGCAAUGGCUUAAUGGUCAGGAUCACCAUUCCCGAAAUCGCCACCUCAGAAUUAGUGAGAAAGUGCCUGCAAGCAAUUAAGUCCAUCCUGCCGAAGGAGAUAGCCGUUCAGCUACUGGUCAAGUGGUACAACGCUCACAACGCCCCGGGAGGUCCCAGCUAUCGUUCGGAGUGGAACUCGUUCGUGACCUGCCUCAUGAACAUGAUGGGCUACAACACGGACCGUUUAGCCUGGACCCGAAACCUUGAUUUUGAAGGAUCGCUCUCCCCGGUCAUUGCACCCAAGAAAGCAAGACCCUCCGAGACCGGAUCGGAUGACGACUGGGAAUAUCUGCUAAAUUCAGACUACCACCGGAGCGUCGAGUCUCAUCUCCUGGCUAGAACUUUGCGCCUGGACCCUUUGGAGACUUCGCUUUUAAAAGAGACCUGUUCCCCCAACCUGAGCCUGGACGCGUCCACGCUUCUCUUCACUCACAUCCCUGCCAUUUUCUUCGUGCUUCACCUCGUCUACGAGGAGCUUAAACUGAACAGUCUGAUGGGCGACGGAAGCCAGUCUCUUGUCGUCGUCCUCGUUCAGUUAGCCAGGGAUUUAAAAUUGGAGCCGUACAUCGAUUAUUACUAUCGAGACUACCCAGCACUUGUGAAAACCUCCCGGCAAACGUGCUUGAUUGACCAAGCCCAAACAGGUCUGAUGCACUACCCUGCAUUUUUGACUCCCGAGCCUCCAAGUAUCUAUCAGUGGCUGAGUUCCUGUUUGAAAGGUGAAGGGGCGUCGUCUUACCCUUACUUACCCGAAGUCUGUGAAAGAAGCAAGCUUGUAGUCCUGAGUAUUGCCCUGUACAUUCUUGGUGACGAGAGAGCUGUUUCCAACGAAGCAUCGCAGUACUUAUCCAGGAUAACGCCAGUGCCGAAAAAGCAACAAACAGAACAGGAUGACAACAGGUUUAGUUUCAGGCACAGCGCAUCAAUUACUAGCCUCGCCGAAAAGUUAGUGCUUUGGAUGACUGAUGUCGGCUUCACCCUGCGGGACUUGGAGUCCCUGCCCUUUGGAGUCGCCCUUCCCAUCAGAGACGCCAUCUAUCACUGUCGGGAGCAUCCGGCUUCGGAUUGGCCGGAAGCCGUGUGCCUCUUGAUAGGCCGCCAGGAUCUUUCCAAACAGGCCUGUGAAGGGAACGUUCCCAAAGGGAAAUCGUCUGUCGCUCAGGUGCCCUCAUCAGAGGUUGCUUCAGGGACAGAGACCGAGGAAGAAGACGACGGUAUGAACGAUAUGAAUCAGGAGGUGAUGUCGUUGAUCUGGAGCGAAGAUCUGAGAGUCCAAGAGGUGCGCCGGCUGCUUCAAAGCGCCCACCCCGUCCGAGUCAACGUUGUCCAGAUGCCAGAAGUGAGUGACCACGAGUACAUCGAAGAAAAAGAAAACAGGUUACUUCAGUUGUGUCAGAGGACCAUGGCCCUCCCCUUGGGGCGAGGGAUGUUCACCUUAUUUUCAUACCACCCUGUUCCAACAGAGCCUCUGCCAGUUCCUAAGCUGAAUCUGACGGGGCGGGCUCCUCCUCGCAACACGACGGUGGACCUGAACAGCGGAAACAUCGACGUGCCCCCCAACAUGGCGUGCUGGGCCAGCUUCCACAACGGCGUGGCCGCCGGGUUGAAGAUCGCCCCGGCGUCCCAGAUCGACUCCGCCUGGAUCGUCUACAACAAGCCGAAGAACGCCGAAUUAGCCAACGAAUAUGCCGGCUUCCUCAUGGCCCUGGGUCUGAAUGGGCACCUCACCAAGCUGGCCACCCUCAACGUUCACGACUACCUAACCAAGGGUCACGAGAUGACGAGCAUCGGUCUGCUGCUCGGGGUUUCCGCCGCCAAGCUGGGCACGAUGGACAUGUCCGUCACGCGGCUUCUGAGCAUCCACAUCCCCGCGCUCCUCCCGCCGACCUCCACCGAGCUGGACGUCCCCCACAACGUCCAGGUGGCGGCCGUCAUAGGGAUCGGCCUCGUCUACCAGGGCACCACCCACAGACACACGGCCGAGGUCCUCCUGGCGGAAAUCGGGCGUCCACCGGGCCCCGAAAUGGAAUACUGCACGGAUCGGGAAUCGUAUUCCUUAGCAGCUGGACUGGCUCUGGGCAUGGUAUGCUUAGGGCACGGCAGCAACCUGAUCGGCAUGUCCGACCUCAACGUCCCCGAGCAGCUCUAUCAGUACAUGGUGGGAGGACACCGACGCUUCCAAGCGGGCAUGCACAGGGAGAAACACAAAUCUCCAAGCUACCAGAUCAAGGAGGGAGACAGCAUCAACGUGGACGUCACUUGCCCGGGCGCUACGCUGGCCCUGGCUAUGAUCUAUUUGAAAACCAACAACAGAUCCAUUGCUGACUGGCUUCGGGCUCCUGACACCAUGUAUUUGCUGGAUUUUGUGAAACCAGAAUUUCUCUUGCUCAGGACCCUUGCUCGGUGCCUGAUUUUAUGGGAUGACAUUUUACCAAAUUCCAAAUGGGUCGAUAGCAACGUCCCACAGAUCAUAAGAGAAAACAGUAUCUCGCUCCAUGAAACAGAACUGCCGUCCUCAGAGGAACUGAACCUGGAAACCCUGGCGCAAGCACAUGUUUACAUAAUUGCUGGAGCCUGCAUGUCUCUGGGCUUUCGAUUUGCAGGCUCAGAAAACCUAGCUGCAUUUUAUUGUCUGUACAAAUUUGCGAAAGAUUUCAUGAAGUGCUUGUCGGCACCAACUGCUUCCGUAACGGGCCAUUAUAACUUAGAAACGUGCCUGAGUGUGGUGCUGCUCUCUCUGGCGAUGGUGAUGGCCGGCUCCGGGAACCUGAAGGUCCUCCAACUCUGCCGCUUCCUGCACAAGAAGACGGGGGGAGAAAUGAAUUACGGAUUCCACCUGGCACAUCACAUGGCUCUCGGACUUCUCUUUUUGGGAGGAGGAAGGUAUUCUCUGAGUACUUCGAAUUCUUCAAUCGCCGCUCUUCUUUGCGCACUCUAUCCUCACUUUCCAGUUCACAGCACUGACAAUAGGUAUCACCUCCAGGCACUGCGGCACCUCUACGUGUUGGCGGCAGAACCCAGGCUGCUUGUCCCCGUCGACGUGGAUACAAACGUUCCUUGUUACGCGCUGCUAGAGGUCACAUACAAGGGGUCACAGUGGUAUGAAGAAACAACCGAAGAGCUGAUGGCCCCCACUCUUCUCCCCGAGCUCCAUUUACUAAAGCAGGUUAAAGUGAAAGGGCCGCGCUACUGGGAAUUACUCAUCGACCUGAGCAAGGGGACUCACCAUUUGAAAUCGAUCCUUUCCAAGGACGGAGUGCUGUAUGUGAAACUCAGGGCCGGUCAGCUCUCUUACAAGGAGGAUCCCAUGGGCUGGCGGAGCCUCUUAGCCCAAACCGUCACUCACAGGAAUUCCGAAGCCCGGGCCUUCAAGCCAGAAGCUAUUUCAGCUUUCACCUCCGAUCCAGCUCUUCUCUCAUUUGCCGAAUAUUUCUGCAAACCAACCGUGAAUAUGGGCCAGAAACAGGAAAUUUUGGAUCUCUUUUCUUCCAUUCUUUACGAGUGCGUCACUCAAGAGAACCCGGAGAUGCUGCCCGCCUACAUAGCGAUAGAUCAGGCGGUGAGGCGACUAGAAAGGAGGGAGAUGUCCGAGACCUUCGAACUGUGGCAGAUCAAGUUGGUGUUGGAGUUUUUCGGCUCCCGGAGCCAUCAGGAGAGGCGGCAGAAGAACUCCAGCCAGGGGCUCUUCAUGAACUCCGAAUUCCUGCCCGUGAUGAAAUGCACAAUCGACAACGCCCUGGACCAGUGGUUGCAAGCGGGAGGAGACGUGGCCCUGCACUCCUACCUGAGCGGCCAGCCCACUGAAGAGUCGCAGCUGAACAUGUUGGCGUGUUUCCUGGUUUACCACUCGGUCCCGACCCCAGCGCAGCUGCGAGUUGGCGGGUUAGAAGGGAGCACCUGCUUCUCGGAACUGCUCCUGAAGUUCAAGCAGCUGAAAAUGCCCGUCUGCGCGUUGCUGCGGUUGGCACCCCUCCUUCUCGGAGCCCCGCACUUCAUGGUUCGCUGACCGCCCCGGACGGACGAGGGGCGCCGGGCGCCCCGCACGGAAAGUCGCCGAGCAUCCGAGCCCCGGGGGGUUUUUGAGUGAGUUACGGAAGAUACGCUUGGGCGUGGUCGGAUCCCGGCGUAUCGUAAAACUGGGGGUCGUUGGAAAUGUGCCCGACCGAUGUGAAAAAAAUGACGCGGGAAAUGUGCCGUCGUCCCACCCGACCGACGUGGAAGAAAAAUGAAUUUUAAAAGGCGUUUACUUUUGUAAAUAAAGCUUUCUGUUCCCAACCGGUAAAUGUAGGCGCUCACUGAGAAAUCAGAAA